AUGCAAAGUCAUGUAAAUUUAUAGAAAUACGAAUCUUAUGAAUUGCAAAAACCAAGCAUAACAAUUUUUGAGUAAUCAACUUAGAUGAAUAUUUUAACUGAUGAAUAAAUUGAUGAAUCUGAUUCAGAACCUGAGAAGACCAUUUAAGAAACUUAAAAUUAAAAUCUCUUACUUUCUAAAUAGUACAUUUACUUUCACAAAUAGAAAUAGCCAACAUAACAAUACAAUAUUUGAGGAUGAAAAUGAAGAAGGUGUUUGGGAAGAGAAUGCAAAGGAAGUAAAUGCUCCAAAGCCAUUUUUAAUGUCGAUUAACUUCUAGAACAUAAGUCUGUAUAGAUUUCCUACUUUAGAAUAAGAGAAGGUAUUUGAUGUUAUUACUAUUGUAUAGAAUUUAAGAGCUGAAAUAAACAAUAUAGAAAUAAAUAAUAAUGUAAUUUAUUAUUAGAUAGAAACCAAAUCAUCUUAAUUAGGGUACACAGUAAAAGUGAAGAGAAGAUAUAAUGAUUUCAAGUUUUUGUUAAGGGAAUUAACAAUUAGAUUCCCUUAACUUUUAUUACCUUAUUUACCAAUAGGUAUUGGAGUGGGAAAACUUAACAAUCGAAGUGUAGAAGAAAGAAAGAGAUUAUUAUAGAAUGUUAUAAAUAUUAUAACAAUGCAUUAAGAAUUAAUACUUUCAAGUUCAGUCAGAAAUGUAAUAUCUAAUUGAUCUAUUAGUUUUUUGAAGAAGGGGAUUAAUAGGAAUUUGAGAAUAAAAGAAAAUAAGGUCAAUUUAAUAUGAAAGGAGGAUUGGCAUAAAAUCUAUAAACAGUAAUAGAUAAAAGUAUAAAAUCGAUUGGAUAAUUAAAGAAUUGGUGGAAUGGUACUAAUUCAAACAAGAAAUGUGAAGAAUUGGAAUAAAUAUAAUUAGAAUUACUAAAAUUAUAAAAUUAAUAAGCCAAGUAUUAGAAACUACUUUCAUACAUAUAAGCAUUAUAAAAAAAGUAACAAAAAAUAAAGGAUAUAAUUGCAUAAUAAGAUAGUUAAAAAACAUAAUUAUUAAUUGAGACAAAACUUCAUGAUUGCAUAUUAGAUUAUGCAAAAAAUUUAGAUUUUUAAACUAAUACUUUAGAAGAUAAGUUUGUAAUUAAUAUUCUUAUAUUAAUUUAGGAUUAAUAUUAUCAAUAAUAAAUUUGGUAAUUAAUGAAUGUAAUUGAAUUUAUUGAUUAUGCUGAUAUAUAUUUUAAACAAUUAGUAAAAUACAUUGAAGAUCUUAAUGAAUAAUUAACCUAGGUUGCACCUAAUUAAUAAACGUAUAAAAAUUUAUUUAUUUUAUUAGUCAUUAAACAAUCAAAGAUGAGAUUAAUAAAUAUUUAAGUAAAGCUAAAGAUUAAUUUUGUAAUAAAAAGGAUGGUAUAAUAUCAAGAUAUAUUGGAAUUUAAUAAAAAGGAUUUACUGAUUAUUACAUUAGUCAAUAGUAGGAGAUUUGGAAUUAUGCUUAGGAAAUGAAAAAUUCAUUUAAUUGA